AUGCCUGGCGUCACCAAAAGCCCGAAGGUGUUGGCACCUACCAUAGAUCAAGGCUCUCAUGACAAAGUGCCCUCCGUCAGGGACACCCCCAACUUUCUCGACAACCAAUUCAUCCCCUCACAGGCGGAGCAAUGGUUCGACGUACGGGACCCAGCCACGAAUUAUCUUGUCACUCGCGUUCCACAGUCUACGCAAGUUGAAUUGGAAGCCGCCGUCGCCUCCGCUCAACGAGCGUUUCCGUCCUGGAAAGCAACCUCCAUUAUGCGCCGUCAACAGGUGAUGUUCAGGCUGACACACCUAGUACGCGAAAACAUGGAUCGCCUUGCGCGAAACUUCACUAUCGAGCAAGGGAAGACCUUUGCUGAUGCGAAGGGAGAUGUCCUACGUGGUCUCCAGGUGUGCGAGACAGCUUGUGGCAUCACCACGCUAAGCUCCCUGGAGAGGUUAUUGAAGUGGCUAGGGACAUGGAAACACGCUCAUACCGCGAGCCAUUGGGUGUGA